UGUUACAGUGAAAACAGUUUCUGGGGCAUCGAGAAAUCAAAAAAGAAAGAAAAAAAAAUGGAAGAUAGCUUUGGAGGCAGUUCCUCGAAGGAACAUGACAAGUGCAGCAUGAAGGAACAAGACCAGUUGCUGCCAAUAGCCAAUGUUGGUCGGCUGAUGAAGCAGAUUUUGCCGCAGAAUGCGAAGAUCUCGAAGGAAGCAAAAGAGACAAUGCAAGAAUGUGUGUCGGAGUUCAUAAGCUUUGUGACAAGUGAAGCUUCGGAGAAGUGCAGAAAGGAGAGGAGAAAGACAGUGAAUGGUGAUGACAUUUGCUGGGCAUUGGCUACGCUAGGAUUUGAUGACUAUGCUGCACCAAUCACAAGGUCUAUGUGGUUUCUUGCAAGUUGAGAAAUUACAGUUUUUGAAGUUAACUUCUCCCUGCAAAUCAAACACCAACACCAAACUAAGCAUUCUCCCUUGAUUCAAGAAUAGGAAUAUUCAUCUUUGAAGCAAUAAGCACCUGUUUGAUCUGAGUUCAGAGUCUCAGAACUGGCUAACUUUUUCAGUUUUGGCUGAUUAA